AUGGUUAGCAAUUAUGGAAAUAUUAGAAUCGCAAUAGAUAGAGGUGGUACAUUUACAGAUUGCAUAGGUAAUAUAGGUACUGGUAAAAAAGAAGAUGAUAGAAUAAUAAAAUUAUUAUCAGUUGAUCCAAAAAAUUAUGAUGAUGCUCCUUUGGAAGGAAUAAGACGACUAUUGGAAAUAUUUGAAAAUAAAACUAUUCCAAGAAAUACAAAAUUAGACAUUUCAAACGUUCAAAGUAUCAGAAUGGGAACAACAUUAGCUACAAAUUGUGCUUUAGAGAGAAAUGGUGAAGAUUGUUGUUUCAUUACUACAAAAGGUUUUAAAGAUACAUUACUUAUAGGAGAUCAAACAAGACCAAACAUUUUCGAAUUGAAUAUUGCAAGAGAUAAAUUAAAACCUUUAUUUAAUAUGUGUGUUGAAAUUGAUGAGAGAAUUACUUUGGAAGAUUUUUCAGAAGAUCCAGAAAAAAUUAUUACAAAAGUAGAUCAAGAUGAUGACAAUCUAGUAAUUGGCAAAAGUGGAGAGGCUGUCAGAAUAAUAAAAAAACCAGAUCUUAACGAAAUAAGAUCAACAUUGAAUCUUGUCUACCAAUCUGGAAUUCGUUCAAUUGCAGUUGCAUUUGUGCAUUCAUAUACAUAUCCAAACCAUGAAUUACUUAUAAAAAAAAUUGCAGAGGAUAUUGGUUUUGAACACAUUUCUUUAUCUUCAGAAAUUUCUCCAAUGAUUAAAUUUUUACCUAGGGCUUAUAGUGCCGUAGCGGACGCAUAUUUGACACCAGUGAUAAAAAAUUAUUUAAAAAAGAUCUCACAUGGACUAUUCAUCAAAAACGACAGCACUGCUGGCUCAGGAAAUACUUUAAAAAAUAUACAGUUCAUGCAAUCUGAUGGAGGCUUAGUUGAAGGAGAUAAGUUUUCAGGUUUGAAAUCAAUUUUAUCUGGUCCUGCUGGUGGGAUUGUUGGAUAUGCCGAAACGUGUUAUGAUCCAGAAAAUUCUAUACCUUUGAUUGGUUUCGACAUGGGAGGAACUUCGACCGAUGUGAGCAGAUAUGGCAGUGGUAAAUUACAACAUGUUUUUGAAACAGUUACAGCAGGUAUUACCAUUCAGUCACCACAACUAGAUAUACACACCAUUGCUGCGGGAGGCAGUUCAAUCCUAUCAUGGGAAAAUGGUUUGUUUAAAGUAGGACCAAAAUCAGCAUCUGCAGAUCCAGGACCUGCUUGUUAUAGAAAAAAUGGACCAUUAACAAUAACAGAUGCAAAUUUAUAUCUGGGGCGUCUUAUUCCUGAAAUGUUUCCACACAUUUUUGGUCCAAAUGAAAAUGAACCUUUAGAUUUAGAGAUUACUAAAGAUAAGUUCGAACAAUUGACAACAAAAAUCAACAAAGAUCUUAAAGUGAAGAUGACUACAGAUGAAGUAGUUUAUGGUUUCUUAAAAGUCGCCUGUGAAUCAAUGGCUAGACCAAUUAGAGCAUUAACAGAAGCAAAAGGCUAUGAAAUAUCGAAACAUAGAUUGGUUUCAUUUGGUGGAGCUGGUGGACAGCAUGCAGUUGCAGUCGCGGAAAGUUUAGGAAUAGAUACAGUUUUAAUUCAUAGAUAUUCUUCAGUUCUAUCCGCAUACGGGAUAUUUUUAGCUAACGUUGUAGAAGAACAACAAAAACCUUCCUCUCUUGUUUUAUCAGAUGCAAAUUCAAGAAGAAUAGUAGAAAAGGAGUUCAAAGAUUUAGAGUUAAUUUGUAAAAGCAAGUUAUAUAAUCAAAAUUUUUUUGAUGAGGAUAUUAAUAUAGAAAGAUACUUAAACCUGAGAUAUGAGGGUACUGAAACUGGUUUGAUGAUCUUACAAGAAGAAGAAAAUAUCUGGAAUUUCCAGAAAUGGUUUUCGUCUGCCCACCAUAGAGAAUUUGGAUUUUCUUUUGACAACAAGCGCAUAAUUGUUGAUGACAUUAGAGUUAGAGCAAUAGGUAAAUCGAAUAUCCGGGCUGAAAGUUCUGUUGAUAAACAAUUAGCUAUAUACCAUCAGAAAGUUGUAGAUUCGAUGAAAAAUAUCUUUAUGACUAAAAGCAUUUUUUUUGAAAACAAAAGAAUAGAUACACCAAUUUAUCAGAUUGAGAAAAUGGAAUACGGUACUCAAAUCAGAGGUCCUGCUAUUUUAGCCGAUUCUACUCAAACAAACGUUCUACCUCCUAAUGCAAUUGCUACGGUAUUAGAAUCUCACAUUUUUAUUAAGAUAGAUCAUGAUGACAAUAAGAGCAUAGUCGAUAGAGAAGGUGCUGUAAAUCCUGUUUUACUUUCAAUAUUCAGUCAUAGAUUCAUGGAUAUCGCAGAGCAAAUGGGGACACAAUUGCGUAAGACUUCUGUCUCAACUAAUGUUAAAGAAAGGUUAGAUUUUUCAUGUGCAUUGUUUGACAAUAAAGGAAACUUAGUAGCAAACGCCCCUCAUGUUCCUGUCCAUUUGGGUUCUAUGUCCACAUGUAUAAAAUUACAAGCCAAGUUAUGGGAAGGUAAAUUAAAACCCAAUGAUGUAUUGAUAACAAACCAUCCUGAAGCAGGUGGUACACACUUGCCUGAUAUUACCGUUAUAUCACCAACAUUCUCUUCAGAUGGAGAUAUUAUAUUUUAUGUUGCUUCCAGAGCACAUCAUGCAGAGAUUGGUGGUAUAUUACCUGGUUCUAUUCCACCGAAUUCAAAAGAAUUAUAUGAAGAAGGUGUUGCUAUUUAUUCUGAACUAUUAGUCAAAGAAGGUAUAUUCCAAGAGGAUAUGGUCUACAAAUGGUUUGUGGAGGAACCUGGAAAAUAUUAUGGGUGCUCAGGUUCUAGGAAAGUUAGUGACAACAUCAGUGAUCUUAAAGCUCAGAUAGCAGCAAAUACAAAGGGUAUUCACCUGAUCAAUACUUUAAUAACUGAUUACUCAUUAGAUAUAAUUAUCAAAUAUAUGAAGGCUAUCCAACAGAAUGCAUGCGAAACAAUUAAAAAAAUGCUCAAGCAAUUAACAUCUCAUUAUGGUAGAAAUGUAUUUGAAAGCGAAGAUAGAAUGGAUGAUGGAUCUCUUAUCAAAUUGAAAGUGACAUUAAAUAAUGAAGAUGAUGAGUAUAUAUUCAACUUUUCGGAGACAUCUUCACAAGUUUAUGGUAAUUUAAACGCUCCAGAAGCUAUUACAAAUUCUGCCAUCUUAUACUGUCUAAGAUGUUUAGUAGGAGAAGAUAUCCCACUAAACCAAGGAUGCUUAGAACCAUUAACAAUAAUAAUUCCUAAAGGAUCUAUUUUAAGUCCUAACAAAGGUGCUGCCGUUGUCGGUGGUAAUGUCCUAACAUCACAGAGGGUUACCGAUGUUAUUUUGAAAACAUUUAAUGUUAUGGCUGAUUCACAAGGUGAUUGUAAUAAUUUUACAUUUGGAACGAAAUGCGUUGUUGACUCCGAUGGAGAUACUAUUGAUGGUUUUGGAUAUUAUGAAACUAUAUGUGGUGGCGUGGGAGCAGGUGCACCAUCAUGGAGGGGCGAUGGCUGGGAUGGAGCUAGCGCUGUACAUACGAAUAUGACUAACACUCGUAUGACUGAUCCUGAAGUUUUUGAAAAGAGAUAUCCUGUGUUACUAAGAGAGUUUUCUAUCCGUGAAAAUUCAGGUGGUAAUGGCCAUUUCAGAGGUGGUUGUGGUGUCAUUAGAAAAAUCGAAUUUAGGAAACCUGUGAUUGCAUCAAUACUCUCUGAACGUCGUGUUCUCCCACCUAAUGGACUUCAUGGAGGUAUGAAUGGCUUGAGAGGAGAAAAUACUUGGUUCAGAAGUGAUACAUCUGCAUUCAUUAAUAUAGGUGGAAAAAAUACAGUUAAUGUUCAAACAGGUGACGUUGUGAUUAUCAAAACACCUGGAGGUGGAGGAUAUGGAGUAAAAAUAACAUAUUGA